AUACUACUCCGUAGGAACAGAUAAACCAGAGAAGAUAGAAAAAGCAAAAGACACUUUAACAAAGUACUUCAUUUGCAGCAUUUGACUCUUUUUCUCUAGAGCUUCACGCAAUUCCGUUGCUCUUCACCAAACUCAGCCAAAAAAGUUCUCAACUCAUCCAUCAAUUCAAUCUCUCUGCUCCAUUACCUCUCUCUCCCUCUCUCUCUCUCUCUCUCUGGCUUAGAGAACCCAUGUGUUCUCUACUUCCUCCGAAGAAGAGUUUUUCUUUCUUUCUCCUGGGUUGUCACUUUUUCAUCAUGAAAAACUAAAACUCAUACAUGGUCAUUUUGAUUGGAAGUUCUAAUUUUGCAUGAAAUUUCUGGUGUCUAUGUUCAUGUCACAAGGACACAAGGGUACAGAUUAAGUAGAGUUUUGUUUGUUUAAGAUCAAAUUUUACAAACCAAGAUACAAACAAAUGGGAAAUGUAAGCAGCAAUGGGAAUAGGAGGAGGAAUAGAAACAAUAACGACAAUAAUCCUCCACCAGUACCACCACCACAACCUCAACAACAACCUUCAUCACAAACAGAAACAAAUGGGAACGGGAAUCGCUAUGUUUUCGCCGCUGCAACACCUUACCCACCUCAGUAUCCAAACCCUAAUACACAACAGUAUUAUUCAUAUACAGGAUUUCCACCGCCGCCACCACCACCGCCACCAUUUAUGCAAGUUCCAUUACCUGCUCCAUACGAUAACCACCACAGGGUUGAUCCUCUUCCUCUUCCUCCACCUCCUCCUCCUCCGCUUCCUUCUACUAAUACCAAUACUGCUAACCAGGGAAAUUGGGCUGGUGGUCGAUUCCCCUGUGGACCUGUUCUUCCUCCACCUCCUUAUGUUGAACAUCAGAAAGCCGUUACUAUCCGAAACGAUGUUAAUCUAAAGAAGGAAACUCUGAAGUUAGUACCUGAUGAUGAGAAUCCUGGAUAUUUUCUUGUUACUUUCACUUUUGAUGCCACUGUUGCUGGACACCUCUCUGUUCUGUUCUUUGCGAAAGAAGGUGCAGAUUGCAAUCUCAAGCCAGUGAAGGAAGGCAUGCUUGAACCAGUCACGUUAACGUUCCAGAAAGGCCUAGCUCAGUUGUUCAAGCAGCCUUCAGGAACUGGAAUUGACUUGUCAACAUUGGAAGAAGCAGAAUUACUGAAUAACGGUAGUGAUCUGGAAGUGUAUCCACUUGCAGUAAAGGCAGAAGCAUCUCCAUUAGAUUGUAGUGGAUCAGAGGAGGGAAACUCAAGGACUAGAUCGAUAAAUUCUCAAAUUACUCAGGCAGUGUUCGAGAAGGAGAAAGGCGAUUACCAGGUCAAAGUGAUGAAACAGAUCCUAUGGGUGAAUGGAAUGAGAUACGAGUUACAAGAGAUAUAUGGUAUUGGCAAUUCUGUUGAGAGUGAUUUCGACGGAAAUGACCCAGGGAAAGAGUGUGUCAUUUGCUUAUCAGAACCACGGGACACAACUGUUCUCCCCUGCCGACACAUGUGUAUGUGCAGUGGGUGUGCCAAGGUUUUACGGUUCCAGACAAAUAGAUGUCCUAUUUGCCGUCAACCAGUUGAGCGACUUUUGGAGAUCAAGGUCUCUUCUGAGCCUGAGGAGUGAAAACAGUCUGCUACUUGCUGAAAAAAUAACAUAUGUUUGUAAAGUUGUGGACUGAAGUUUUUUGUUUUUUUGAGUUACCUGUUUCCCUGGGGCACUCAAAUAAUGAAUAUAUGAUAGAUGAGGAUAUGUAUUCGUAUUUUAGCUUUGAUCAACUUUAGUCUGGCAUACGAUGUGUUGUAGACCUACAGCUUUGCUGAACAGAGAAGGGCAUCGGAGACUAAAUGUUAAGGCAGGCUGUGUACUCUUAAUAUAUGAGUCUGCCAGACUGUUUUAGUAAAGAUAAAAGUUUCAGUGCA